AAAAUCAUGCUUUUCCUUCUUGUUUUAUGUUUUUAUCUCGUUAACAUGAUAGGUAUUCUAGGCAUAAUCAUCCUCAUACAGAUUGAUUCUCGCCUUCACACACCAAUGUAUUUUUUUCUCAGUCACUUGUCCUUUGUGGACAAAGGCUUCUCUUCUACUGUAGCUCGGAAAAUGCUGAGAGAUUUCUUUGAAGAGAGAAAGAUCAUCUCAUUCCUGGAUUGUGCCUUGCAGCAAUGGUUCAUGGGUUUCCUAUCUAGGGCCUAUGAUCACUAUGCUGCAAUUUGUAACGCACUACUUUAUUCCAUUUCUAUGUCCCAGAAACACUGCAACCAACUGGUGGCUAUCCAAUAUUGCGCAGGAUUCAUAGAUGCCAUGAUUCACACUUCUGCUACUUUCCAUCUCCCCUUCUGUGGUCCAAAUGUCAUCAAUCACUUCUUUUGUGACAUUUUUCCUUUCCUCUCCUUCAUAUGUACUGAUUCCAGCAAAAAUAAGUUAUUUGUUUUUGUUAUUGCUGAGAUAGUUAGAAUCUUCAAUGGUCUGAUCAUCCUUGUCUCCUAUAUUUAUAUACUUAUAGCUAUCCUACAGAUCCACUCUGCUGAAGGGAGGCAGAAAGCCUUCUCCAUCUGUUCUUCCCAUUUGACUGCUAUCAUCAUCUUAUAUGAGACCCUCUUCUUUAUCUGUGUGCCACCUAACUCAAGUUUCACCAUGGAUACCAAUAAACUCAUCUCUGUGUUUUAUACUUCAAUGACUCCCAUGUUGAACCCCCUCAUCUAUAGCCUGAGGAACAAGGAGGUCAAAGAUGCUAUUUACAGGACCAUUGCUAAAAGAAAAUUUUGCAUCAGGAUAUGA